UCCCACCCACCAGCACCGCGCCGCGCGUCCGAUGGCUUGCUCCGUCAUCCCGACCGCGCCCCACCGGGUCGGCUUCCUCCCGCACCAGAUGAUGAUGAGGGUCCCGGCGGCUCCGCCACCAACGCCGGCGCCAGAGGAGCUGCGGCUGUCGGACCUCGACUCGGUCGGCGACCUCGGCGCGGGCGGCUUCGCCAGGGUCAGCAAGGCGCGCCACCGCCGCACCGGCGCCGUGUUCGCGCUCAAGAUGUCGUACGACGCGGACCCCGACGUGGAGGAGGAGGCCGAGGUGCUCCGCCGCGCCGCCGGAAAUUUUUCCUUGGUCCUGUGCCGGCGUCGGGGAGGAGUCCCCGAGCCGGCGCUCGCCGAGGCGGCCGCGCACUGCGUCGUGGGGCUGGCCCAGCUCCACUCGCGCGGCGUCGCGCACCUGGACGUCAAGCCGGACAACUUCCUCGCCAGCUCCCGCGGCGAGAUCAAGAUCAGCGACUUCAACACGUCGAGGAUCCUCUACGGCGGCGCCGGCGAGCGCCUCCAGGUGCCCAUCACCGCCGGCACCCGCGCCUACUUCAGCCCCGAGCGGUUCGCGCCGAGAGCCCGCGCCGGGCCGCACGGCGCCAUGGCCGCCGACGUCUGGGGCCUCGGGGUCACCGUCCUGGAGCUCUUCCUCGGCCGCUUUGCCGUCGUGCCGGACGUGGACAAGGCCUCUGCGGCGGAGCUGGAGCUGGCCAUCUGCCACGGGGAGCCCCUGCGCGUGCCGGAAGAAGCAGAGGCAUCGCCGGAGCUGCGCGGGUUCGUGGCCGCGUGCCUGCAGUGGGAGCCGGCGCGGCGCGCCACGGUGCCGCAGCUGCUCGGGCACCCGUUCCUCACCCGCCGCGACGUCGAGGCGUCAAGGCGCGCGCUGCGGGACCUCAUCGUCCAGACGCUGUAGCGGGCAGGAGAUUACGUCGUCGUCGAGGAGUGGACGCGAUCUGUGCAGAUGGAUUCUUCAGAUUAAACUGUGUGUUUCUUUCGCUGAUUAACCUAUUGGAUAGGUAACUUGUGUACUCGGUGAUGUAUGUGAUAACUUAUGUUUAUCCAAUUUGCAUUGGAUC